GCGGCGGCCUGUGAGGGGGCCUAGCUUCCCCGCCUUCGCCCUCCCCCGGAGGAGAGCUAUGCGGCCUGCGGGCCAGCAGCAGGGAGGAGGCGGAGCAGAAGGAGGAGGCGGGCGGAACCGCCGCCCGGGAGCCGCUGAGCGGCACAGACCUUCCAACAAAUAAGAAAAAUGGCUGAUUUAAAUUUAACAUCUUCCUUUGGUCUCCUGAUGAAGUACUAAUGAACAGUAGAAUUGCCGCAAUAGGCAGCCGCUAAAAUAUUAGAAGAUUCAAGUUGAAUAAUUAGCUUCUGGAUAGUCACACCCAAGACCUUGAUUGUUUGAGUGUUGAAAGGUUCCUUGCCUAGGAGUGGACCUCCAAGGGAGUAUUUCUUUUUAUUCUGAUCAACAACUGACUGGAGUGGGGGUAAAGGGAAUCUAUUUGGUGUCAUAGCCUGUAAAACAGAUGGGUUAAAGAUCAUAAAUCAAGAUAUUGAGUAACUUCAGCAUAUAAUUAAAAAUCACAUGUUUCGGAGCCUCUGAAGAAUCAGAAUGCUUUUAAUGAGUAGCUGAAAGCUGAAGUGAAGAUGCCCCAAGUCCAUCCUAUAAGGAUGUAAGUCACUGUGGCCUCCCAGGAAAAGCCAGGAACAACCAUCAAGUCCAGCAGCAGCAGCACAGAAUGGAUGUAGAGGUGGGCUGGCAGUCAGAUGGUGACACCCAGGAUUCAACAGAAGAGCAUUCUGAGGAUGCAAGCCUGAGCUCUAAAAGGGCCAGUCAUAAAUCCAACCUCCAGCUCCAAGAACAAGAAGAUUCUUCUCUACCCUCUCAACCAUCCUGUAACUCUGUAAGACCCUCUUGUAAGCAAGAGCUCCCAGUGGAACUGCAGUGUGAAGAUGAGGAAACUUAUGAAACGUGCAACUCGAAACAGAAAACCACCACAGGGAUUUUUGUCAACUGCAGUACUAACUUUGACUUACAGUGUGAGGGUGAAGACUUAGAACUGUCUUUCUCUGAUAACCCAGAAGCAGCUCAGGGAGAGCUGAGUGAGGAUGAUGAAAACAUUGUCCUCAUUGACAAAUUUGAUGAAGACUUUGAGCCUAUCUCCAGGGAAACUUUACCUUACCGAUGUAGGAAGUGUGGCAUGUUUUUCCAGGAUCUAGCUAGACUACAGGAACACAAACAGAUCCAUGUAACUGAACAUUCCUACUGCUGCCCCAUCUGUGGCAAAGAAUUCUUUUGUGCUGCUAAUUUGCGUAUGCACAAGUUGAUCCACUCUAGUGAUAGGCCACAUAAGUGCCCCGAAUGUGACAAAGGAUUCAUCCGUACAGCCGAUGUAUGGCGACAUCUACGAAACGUUCACAAGAUUGAACACUCCAAGGUGGUUUUAGGAAAUGGUACUAUGAAGAACCCCUACUCUACAAAUCACCAAAAUGAACAUGAUGCUGAUCCAGAUAAUCAGAGUUCAGAUGACCAAAAGCCAGGAGAGGAGGACCUCAGACCUUACGUCUGUCAAACCUGUGGUAAGGGGUUUCGCAAACCAAACCUACUUUCCAAACACAAAGUAAUCCACCGGCAGGAAAAGCCAUACAUAUGCCAGGAAUGUGGCAUGGCCUUUAUCCAGCUGCUUAGGUUGAAAAGGCAUCAACAAACACACUCAGGAGAGCAUCCUUUCUACUGUGAUGAGUGUGGUGGGACCUUUACCCGACUAUCAUCGCUACAGCGCCAUCAACGUAUUCAUACUGGAGAAAAGCCAUACUCUUGUGUUUAUUGUGGUCAUUCCUUUACUGAGUCAGGCACUAUGAGGAGGCAUGAACGCACACACAAAUUGGGAAAAGAUUAGUGUCUAUAUUAAUUUUCACCUUGUUUUUUUCAUAUAAACCAAGACCUAUUCACUAGGACAAACUUUCCAAUUUACUUGCAAGAAACUUAGUCCAACACCUCUUCCUUACCAUACUCCAUCUCCCACCCAAAUUAUGGAUGCCAUUUUUGUCUUAAAAAUGAACCAGUAAUUAAUGCCAAAAAACAGUCUUAUCCAGGAUUGAACUAAAACCUUAUAUUUCUAUUCAUAGGUAAAAGAAAUAAAAGCACCAUUUUUUUUUCAGUGACUUUUGUCAGUUUGUACUGGGUAGCAUUCCUUUCAAAAGACAUGUCAUCCUAAUUUGGGACUUUUACAAGAUACAUCUGAUUGGUCUUUUUGAAGAUUGCAUUUUAAAUGAAGUCAUAAUUGUAAGCUCAUUGCAGCCUUCUAUACCGUUCUGUGUUUAAAACUGCAAGUAUAGCCUUCUUCCAAGCCAACAGAGUUGAGAAUCUGGGUCAUCUUCAUCAUCUCUGGUUUGUUUGUUUGUUUUGUUUUUUUAAUGAAAGACAUUAUUUUGGAAGAACAAAAGGUAUGUUGUAAAAUCAGGUUCCUAAUAAACUGGACAAUAAUUGCUAA